UCCAACAAAAACAAAGUAGCACCCAGCGUCGCAUACCGCCGCGCGCAGCAAAAUCUGCUGCGCAUCGCGCCAAGCACACCCAUACUCGCCGCUACGCACGAAUCCGCGCGCGCGGGGGGCCGUGCGCCUGUUGCAAGCCAUAUCCAGCUUGCAUCGCCCGCAAAAAAGCGGCGGGCGCGGCCGCGCACUCGCUCGCGCGCUGCGAAGAGACUCCAACAACCCACGCGCGGUGCGCCAACUUUUUUCCCUCCGCAGACAAUCAAAAUGGCCAAGCUCGCUCUCGCCCUCCUCGCCGCCCCGGCCGUCGCCUUCGUGGCCCCCGGCCAGCAGGCCGCCUCCAAGGUCGUCGUCAAGGGCGACAUCGGCGUCGACCCCGGGCCGAUCGACCCCUCCGGCCCGUUCUGGGAGGACCAGGAGGGCCUCGCCCGCCGCCGCGCCGUCGAGAUCAAGCACGGCCGCAUCUCCAUGAUGGCGUUCCUCGGCAUGAUGGUCCAGGAGCUGGGCAUCACCUUCCCGGGCUCCAUCAACCUCGAUGGCUCGGUGCAGUUCUCGGACAUCCUCAAGGACGGCAUGGGCUUCCCGGCGGUCGCCAACAUCCCGACGUUCGGCCUCUUCCAGAUCGUCGCGUUCGCCGGCUUCGCCGAGAUCGGCGCCAUGCCCGCGGCCCAGUACACGGGCGGCCCGCAGAACCUCCCGGGCGGCUACGACGGCUCGGUCGGCACCAUCCCCGGCGGCUACCCGUUCACGACGCAGAUCGAGGACGUCACGGCGCGCAACCGCGCCCUCACGUGCGAGCUCCAGAACGGCCGCGCGGCCAUGCUCGGCACGUUCGGCGCCAUGUGCCACUCGUGCGUCGACUCGUGCGACCACCACUUCUUCUACCCGAUCACGCACAACUAA